AUGUUGCCUGAAUCUAAAUUUUGGGACGUGCUGAAUGACAAGUUCCUCAUCCAUUUACUUCUCUCUCCUGAACAGGUCUACAAUUCAGUAGCCACAUCUUUCCCUCGAAGGUUUGUUUUGCCCUUACGUGUCAGUUUGAACGCCCCUGAGGGAGAGAACCUCAGCCCGUUGUCCUACUCCUCGGCCAGUGCUGUGAAACAGGCUGAUGGCAAGAUUUGGUGCUCUUAUGAAAAUCUACACCCUGAGAACUUAGAACAGGAAGGAGGUGUUGAAUUUCCCCAGAUCAACUAUGGCCAAUUCUGUGGCAAAAAAUAUCGUUUCUUCUAUGGCUGUGGCUUUCGGCAUUUGGUAGGGGAUUCUCUGAUCAAGGUUGAUGUGGUGAACAAGACUCUAAAGGUUUGGAGAGAAGAUGACUUUUAUCCUUCAGAACCUGUUUUUGUUCCAGUACCAGAGACCAGUGAAGAAGAUGGUGGGGUUAUUCUUUCUGUGGUGAUCACCCCCAACCAGGUCGAUCCUGUUACAGGCAUGGUUAUGAAUUUGACUGACCUCAAAGGGUAUAUGGAGGAGGCAAUCAUGAAACCCCUUGAUCAUAAGAAUCUGGAUUUAGAUGUACCAUACUUUGCAGAUGUUGUAAGCACAACAGAAAAUGUAGCUGUGUAUAUCUGGGAUAACCUCCAGAAAUUUCUUCCUAUGGGAAUUCUUUAUAAAGUGAAAGUAUAUGAAACUGAUAAUAAUAUUGUAGUCUAUAAAGGAGAAUAGCCCUUAGGGGUUAAUACUAUAGAAAUACUCAGUUUCUAUCCAUAUUUGAAAAAUAUCUUUAGCCCCUUGGACUAUUAAGACGCCAUCACAUAAUUACUGUACCUCUACAUUGUUCUGGAGUGCCUGAUUCAUUGUAAUCAUUAUAAGACUUGUAUUAAAUUCACAUCUAUUUUAAAACCAAAUUUGUAAUGUAUCAGUAUCAUUUAGAGAGCCUGUUUUGUAUAGAUUAAAAAUCACUUCACUGCAA